CCUCCUUAAAUAUCAGCUCUAAUUUUGUAUUUUCUUUUGAUUGGCUACCUAUUCUAUCGUUGUGUAGGUCCCAUAAAUUGCUCAGCCAUCCCAACUGUGGGGCACUUAGGGUAUUGUGAAUUCUUGCUUUAUUUUAGCAUCCCAGGUGAUCCUCUGGUAAUCUUUUUUUAAGCUGUAUGUAGUAUUUUUUACUUGGGCUAGAUUCUGAGAAGUGAAGUUAUUAGAGUAGGUGGUGAGUUCUAGUAAGGCCUUUUUGAGUCUCCAUAAACAUUGCCAGUUGUUUAGCAAAAUUGUUUUAGUAGUUUACAUCAUUUAUGUAGGACUGUGCCUGUUUCACCAAAAGUGUGAUAGCUCAUAAUACGUUUCUAAUACACAAACCAGCCGGAUCGAGGCUCUCUUUGGAAUUUUUGAAGUUUUUAUGGUGGUGUCUGGCAAUUCCACUUGCUUGAAUUUUGCGAAGGAAUCUUCAGAGGUUAUGUUAGUGUGUAUGUUAUUGGAGUUACUUUGUAGGCUGACUGACUGUUAGAUCACUUAAGUGAUCUUUUAGCAUAACUGCCUUAUUUUGCAGAUGAGGAACCUGAGGCCUUGAGAGGUGAAAUGAUGAGUUAUCCAAGGUUCACAGCUAAUUAAGUGGCAGAGCUGCGAUUAGAACUCAGGUGUCCUGCCUCCCAAAUUUCUGAUUGGGAUUGUUACAAUGAGUCUGCGGAAGCAAACCCCCAGCGACUUCUUGAAGCAAAUCAUUGGACGACCAGUGGUGGUAAAACUAAAUUCUGGAGUGGAUUAUCGAGGGGUCCUAGCUUGCCUGGAUGGCUACAUGAAUAUCGCCUUGGAGCAGACGGAGGAGUAUGUAAACGGACAGCUGAAGAACAAGUAUGGGGACGCGUUUAUCCGGGGAAACAAUGUGUUGUACAUAAGCACACAGAAGAGAAGGAUGUGACGGCAUCAAGCGCGCAGUAACCUUCGGACUUGGAUAUAUUUUUUUAUGAGAUCUUUUCAGGUUUUUUGAUAUAAUUUGUCGUAUUUCAUAAUAGUUGGUGAUUUUUCACUGACAUAUGAGUAAGAUAAAUGUAUAAAGUUGUGGAUUUAAUUGUAAAGAAUUCUUUCAUAUUUAAAUUUCAGUCAUUUCCUUUUACCUCUGUGUCAGUGUGCAGAAUGCAAAAAAUAAAGAAAAACAAAGAAGAC